UUUCAGGUUUUCAGGAUGAAUCUGGAAAAACUCAGCAAACCAGAACUACUGACGCUGUUUAGCAUUCUUGAGGGAGAGUUAGAAGCAAGAGAUCUUGUCAUAGAGGCUUUAAAGGCCCAGCACAGGGACACAUUCAUUGAGGAACGCUAUGGGAAGUACAACAUCAGUGAUCCACUGAUGGCUUUGCAGAGAGAUUUUGAGACCCUGAAAGAGGGGAAUCAUGGUGAAAAGCAACCAGUAUGCUCCAAUCCUUUAUCUAUUUUGAAAGUGGUGAUGAAACAUUGCAAGAAUAUGCAGGAAAGAAUGUUAUCCCAGCUAGCUGCUGCAGAAAGCAGACACAGAAAGGUGAUCCUGGACCUGGAGGAGGAGAGGCAGCGGCACGCCCAGGACACGGCCGAGGGGGACGAUGUCACCUACAUGCUGGAGAAGGAGCGCGAACGCCUCACCCAGCAGGUGGAGUUUGAAAAAUCUCAAGUGAAAAAGUUUGAAAAAGAGCAGAAGAAGCUGUCAAGCCAGUUGGAGGAGGAAAGGGCACGCCACAAGCAACUGUCUUCCAUGCUUGUUGUGGAGUGCAAGAAAGCCACUGCCAAAGCAGCUGAAGAGGGCCAGAAGACAGCAGAGCUGAGCUUGAAAUUGGAAAAGGAGAAGAGUAAGGUGAGUAAACUGGAAGAGGAGCUGGCAGCCAAGAGGAAGCGGGGUUUGCAGAUGGAAGCACAAGUAGAAAAGCAGCUCUCAGAGUUUGACAUUGAAAGAGAACAGCUGAAAGCUAAGCUGAACAGAGAAGAAAACCGUACAAAAGCACUCAAAGAGGAGGUGGAAUGUCUGAAGAAAGCCCUGAAAGAGCUGGAGGCUUCUUGCCAGGAGCACAGUCCCUCUGGGCCUGUGCAGCCCAGCCCCUCGGUGACAUCCAGGGGGGUCACGACUGACAGUCCCCCAGUGAAGUCUGUGUCCUGCCAGACCGAGAGUCUGCAGGCGGAGCGAGCGCACCCUGGCAGCAGCAGCAGAGCUGUUCACGCCCUGCUUGCCAGCCCCUCUACACCUGCUCACUCCUAUGCAAAAUCCAACGGGCACUGUGACACAGACGUGCAGAUGGCUGGGGAGACAAAUGCUGCAGAGAGCCAAGUUCCCAGGGAGAAAUCUGCUGCAGCCUCAGAAAAUGCAGUGGAGAAUGGAAGUUCACCUGUAAGAACAGAGUCACCGGUGCAUCUGCUGUCCCAGCUCCCUUCUGCUGGGGUGUCCCUGUCUCCCAGCAGCACAGCCGCCUCCUCCCUGACCCCUUCUCCCUGCUCCUCACCAGUGCUCACCAAACGCUUGGUGGGAGCCUCGGCCAGCAGCCCUGGCUACCAGUCCUCCUACCAGGUGGGCAUCAACCAACGUUUCCACGCAGCUCGGCACAAGUUCCAGUCCCAAGCAGAGCAGGACCACCAGGCCAGUGGCCUGCAGAGCCCUCCCUCCCGGGAUCUGUCCCCCACCCUGGCAGACAACUCUGCUGCCAAGCAGCUGGCCCGGAACACGGUCACCCAGGUGCUGUCCAGGUUCACCAGCCAGCAGGGCCCCAUCAAGCCUGUCUCCCCAAACAGUUCCCCUUUUGGCACGGACUACCGAAACCUGGCGAGUGCUGUCAGUCCCCGAGCCGAGGCUGGGCACUCUCCAAGCCCUGUCAAGGUUUCCAGCCCGCUCAGCCCGUUGUCUCCUGGGAUUAAGUCACCAACCAUUCCUAGAGCAGAAAGAGGGAACCCUCCUCCCAUUCCUCCAAAGAAACCCGGCCUGGCUCAGUCACCUGCUGCUCCUGCUCCACUCACCAAAACCUCCCAGGCCUCCUCCCUGGGUGCCCCCAUGGACGUGGCGAGUAGCUGCUCUAACAACACUGUUGUGUCAAAUGGCAAAGACCUGGAGAUCCUCCUGCCAAGCAGCAGCUAG